GUCUCAGUUUCUAUCUGUACAAAUAGAUAUAUAUGGGUAUUCUGAAUGACAAUGAAAAAUAGGUUCCUUUUUUUUUUUUUUUUCUGAGAUGGAGUUUCGCUCUUGUUGCCCAGGCUGGAGUGCAAUGGCAUGAUCUUGGCUUAUUGCAAUUUCCAUCUCCUAGGUUCAAGCAAUUCUCCUGUCUCAGCCUCCCAAGUAGCUGGGAUUAUAGGCACAUGCCAUCAUGCUCCGCUAAUUUUGUAUUUUGAGUAAAGACAGGGUUUCACUAUGUUGGUCAGGCUGGUCUCUAACUCCUGACUUCAAGUGAUCCACCUGCCUUGGCCCCCCAAAGUGCUAGGAUUACAGAUGUGAGCCAAUGCGCCAGGCCAAAAAAUAGAUUUCUUAAUGUGGGGUCACAGCCAAAACUGGCUGAAAGCCACUGAUCUAGUCCAAUACCCUCAAAUGUUUUUGUUUUUAAGAGUAAUUUAUUAUUAUUAUUAUAUAAGUAAUAUUUGAAUAAAUGCUCCUUUUUAGAUUCACAUCAUUAGAGAUAAAGCUACAAUACUCUUGGACCAGCACUCCCUGUUCUCAAAAGUACUUCCUUUUUUAAAAAUAAUUUCGACUUUCAUUUUAGGUUCAGAGAAUACAUGUGUAGGUUUGUUACCUGGGUAUAUCGAGUGAUGCUGAGGUUUAGGAGUACAAUUGAUCCCGUCACCCAGGUAGUGAGCAUAGUAACCACUGGAAAUGGUCAGUUUCUCAGGCCUCAUCCUUCCCCUCCUUGUCCCUUCUGGUAGUCCCCAGUAUCUAUUUUUGCCAUCUUUAUGUCCGUGCAAACCCAAUGUUUAGCUUCCAUUUCUAAGUGAAAACAUGCAGUAUUUGGUUUUCUGUUCCUGUGUUAAUUUGAUUAGGAUAAUGGCCUCCAGGUGCAUCUGUUUUGCCACAAGGAUAUAUGACUUCAUCAUUUUUUAUGGCUGCAUAGUAUUCCAUGAUGUAUAUGGAAUACUACAUUUCCUUAUCCAGUUCAUUGUUAUGAGCACCUAGGUUGAUUCCAUGUCUUUGCUAUUGUGAAUAGUGCUGUGAUGAACAUACAGGUGCAUGUGUCUUUUUGGUGGAACAAUUUAUUUUCUUCUGGAUCUAUACCCAGUAUUAGGAUUGCCUGGUUGAAUAGCAAUUUUAAGUUCUUUGAGAAAUCUUCAAAUUGCUUUCCACAGUAGCUAAACUAAUUUACAUUCCUCCCAACAGUGUAGAAGCAUUCUGUGUGUGUGUGUGUGUGUGUGUGUGUGUGUGUGUGUGUGUGUGAAGGAGUCUCACUCUGUCACCCAGGCUGGAGUGCAGUGGCAUCAUCUUGACUCACUGCAACCUCUUUCUCCUGGGUUCAAGUGAUUCUCUUGCCUCAGGCUCCCGAGUAGCUGGGACUACAGGCGUGCGCCACCAUGCCCAGCUAAUUUUUGUAUUUUUAGUAGAGAUGGGGUUUCUCCAUGUUGGCCAGGCUGGUCUCAAACUCCUGACCUCAGGUGAUCUGCCUGUCUUGGCCUCCCAAAGUGCUGGGAUUACAGGUGUGAGCCACUGCACCUAGCCCACAUUCCCUUUUCUACACAGCCUCAAAGCAUCUGUUAUUUUCUGACUUUGUAAUAAUGGUCAUUCUGACUGGUAUGAGAUGGUAUCUUAUUGCGGUUUUGAUUUGCAUUUCUCUGAUGAUCAGUGAUGUGGAGCAUUUUUUCAUGUUUGUUGGUUAUGUGUGUAUCUUCUCAAAAGUAAUUCCUAUUAGCAGUUUGGUGGGUAUCUUUCUAGACCUUUUCCUAUGGUUUAACUUAAAUAAGAAUGUAACUUUAGAAAUGACAGAGUAGAGCCCAUCUCCAUGGCAGGGGAUUGGGCUGCCUUGGCCCGUUAUCCCUCCCGUCUUUUCCGGCAAUUGGAACACUUCCUGUUGUCCUCACAUAUAACUGCCUGUUGCCCCCUGUCUCAGAGCCCCUCACGCAUCCCCUCUGGUCUUUGGCUCGUUGGCUGCCGCCGCCGGGACUUCACCAGCCUUCACAUAGGGACUACUGGCCGAAGAGGCAUUUGCGGCUCUCCACCGCCCCCAGCCCUGCCUCUCCCAGGCUCUUCCAUGGCAAUGACAGGCUCAACACCUUGCUCAUCCAUAAGUAACCACGCAAAAGAAAGGGUGACAAUGACCAAAGUGACACUGGAGAACUUUUACAGCAACCUUAUCACUCAACAUGAAGAACGAGAAAUGAGACAAAAGAAGUUAGAAAAGGUGAAGGAAGAAGAAGCUGUAAAAGAUGAGGAGAAAAGACUCAGAAGAUCAGCACAUUUUCAGAAGGAAACAGAGUUUCAUCGUUUGAAGAGAACAAGACUUGGAUUGGAAGAUUUUGAGUCCUUAAAAGUAAUAGGCAGAGGAGCAUUUGGUGAGGUAUGGCUUGUUCAGAAGAAAGAUACGGGGCAUGUGUAUGCAACGAAAAUACUCUGUAAAGCAGAUAUGCUUGAAAAAGAGCAGGUUGGCCACAUUCGUGUGGAGCAUAACAUUCUAGUGGAGGCAGACAGUUUGUGGGUUGUGAAAAUGUUCUAUAGUUUUCAGGAUAAGCUAAACCUCUACCUAAUCAUGGAGUUCCUGCCUGGAGGGGACAUGAUGACCUUGUUGAUGAAAAAAGACACUCUGACAGAAGAAGAGACUCAGUUUUAUAUAGCAGAAACAGUAUCAGCCAUAGACUCUAUCCACCAACUUGGAUUCAUCCACAGAGACAUCAAACCAGACAACCUUCUUUUGGACAGCAAGGGCCAUGUGAAACUUUCUGACUUCGGUCUUUGCACAGGACUGAAAAAAGCACACAGGACAGAAUUUUAUAGGAAUCUGAACCACAGCCUCCCCAGUGAUUUCACUUUCCAGAACAUGAAUUCCAAAAGGAAAGCAGAAAUCUGGAAAAGAAAUAGACGUCAGCUAGCCUUCUCCACAGUAGGCACUCCUGACUACAUUGCUUCUGAGGUGUUCAUGCAGACCAGAUACAACAAGCUCUGUGACUGGUGGUUGCUUGGGGUAAUCAUGUAUGAGAUGCUCAUCGGCUACCCACCUUUCUGUGCUGAGACCCCUCAAGAGACAUAUAAGAAGGUGAUGAACUGGAAAGAAACUUUGACUUUUCCUCCAGAAGUUCCCAUCCCUGAAAAAGCCAAGGAUCUAAUUUUGAGAUGCUGCUGUGAAUGGGAGCAUAGAAUUGCAGCUCCUGGAGUUGAGGAAAUCAAAAGUAACUCUUUUUUUGAAGGCGUUGACUGGGAACAUAUCAGAGUGAGACCAGCUGCAAUAUCUAUUGAAAUCAAAAGCAUUGAUGAUACCUCAAACUUCAAUGAGUUUCCAGAAUCUGAUAUUCUUAAGCCAACAGUGGCCACAAGUAAUCACCCUGAGACUGACUAAAGAACAAAGACUGGGUCUUCAUCAAUUACACAUACAAGCGCUUUGAGGGUCUGACUGAAAGUGGGGCAAUACCUUCCUACAGGAAAGCAGCAAAAUAGUACUCUUGCCACAGAAUCUUACAUGGAGCAGAGUUCUUUGUACAACAUCAUGCUUUUCCUCUCACACUCUUGAAGAGCUUCCAAGAAGUUGAUGUAACCCACCAAUACGUCAUAGUAAAGUCUCCUGAAAUGUGAUAAUAAGAGAAUUUUCUUCCAUAAUCCAUCUGAAAACUUAUAAACAAAGACAACCAUUUCUACUACAUCGGCCAUAAACAGCUUUCCUUCUUCUUCUGAAGCGUCAUGAGCCAAUUCAACAGGUGUUUUCAAAACAACUUGAGUUUUCCUAAGUUCAUCAGAAAGAAGAGGAAAAACAGCCAUCAUCCAACAUUAUUGAGAUUGUCAUGUAUAGUCAUCAAAUAUCAGCCGGUUCCUGUGAUUUUGUGACAUACUGUCUGCCAAGCCCACCAAGUAUUUCUUUUUUCUUUAUAGCUAAAAGUCCAUAGUACUAAGGAAAUAAAGCAAUAAUGACAGUCUCAGCAGCCAGUAUCCUGGCUGAAGGAAAUGAUCCACCACCCUGAAGGUGGUGAUGGUAGUUUCUACCCACACCUCAGCCUCAGGAGAGUGGCUUAUAGCCUCCAUUCAUGGUGCACUUUAUUUAUGGUACUAAGAUAAAGACUGUCAGUCCAUUGAUUUAUCUCCUCUCUGCCCCCAAUAUAAAAUACCCAUGCUGCUUCUCUGAGUGUUGAUGGGGGUUACCAGCUUGAUCCACUGUUGCUCUUAGAAGGCCCAGAAAGCCUUUGGGAAUUGCCAAGGAAUCCUGGAUCAUAUGGAAAAUCCUCACUUUCACUUCACGGCUAUACCAGAAAACCCCUAAAACAGAUGUUGCCACGGACCAGCAAUACCUAUAAGUACUGCCAAUGGGAACUCAGUUUAUUCCUUGGGAACCUAACAAGGAGAACCCAGGCAGAGGCAGGAGGCUUGGAAUCCUCUUGGCUAAGGUGCUGUUCCUGUUCCUGCAAGGUCUUCAGAACCUCUUUGGAGAUAGUGAGGGAACCAGCCCAAUAGAAGUACACAGCCAGCUGACAAGUCCUUGUAAAGUUCACUCCUCAGUCCUUGGUGCAACCAUGUUUUGUCUCUUCCCUCGGUAUUUCUUCUCUCCCAACUUUAGCCAUUUUGCCUUGGAAUCAUGAUUACAGUUUUUUCCUUUGCAGAUUUUUUUUUUUUUAAAAAAAGAAUUCCUCCAUGCAACUAUUGCUAUCCAGAUAACAUAUUUUAAAUACAUCUCUAAUAUUUUUAAAGCCAGAACUUCAUCCUGGAGGAUACUCCUCCCCACCCUCAAGGGUCGCCUGCAAGUUAGGCGGAUUGGGUCUCUCUGCUGUGGCGUUCUCUCAUGAGCACAAAGUGCCUUCUGUUUCACAGCUGCCACCGCCUUUACAGAAAAAUGUGGAGGCUCCAUAUUAAUGCAUUAUUACUUUUUUAAAAAGUUUUGAUAACUCUCAAGGCAUCAUUUGCACCUGUGUGGGAAUUUUGCUUAUUGCAGAGCAUUGAGGCCGAGCUACAGCUGGGAGCCUGCUUUCUGCCAGUCUUGAGAUUGUGAAGAUCAGCAUUGUAAGGAAAGUAACUCCUACCUUAGCCAUUCAGAAAAGAAAAAUGGAGUAUCAGAGUUACAGUUGUCAGUGAAACUGCUUUGGGUUUUAACCUCUUAGAGGAAGAAAAAAGGUUAAGGAAGUCUCAAUUCUUGAAGAUGAUGUGUUUGCCUCUCAGUCUUUCAUUCAUAGCCUGCUAGUGAAAAUAAAGUAAAUGAGAUUCUUUUGUGUAACUUUGUAGUCUCUUUGUAUUACCAAAUAGUUGGGGUGUUGACUCCUGUGUGUUUUGCAAUAGUGUGUGGUAAGCCUGGGUAAAGAGAAGUAACUGCAGUGUUAGGAGAGUCUUUUUCUUGGGGAGUGGCAGGAUUUGUUUUAUGGGAAAAUGCCCACAUUUUAACUUGUAAACUUCCGAAUAAAUUGUGUGAAAAA